ACAAACACGACAAAGUCCAGAAAAUGAUGAGUGCGCCGAGCUCUAGCUCCUCUCUGAAACCAGUCGAGGAGUCGUCCAACGCGGCUACUUGGUCAUCAAAUGAUACAUCACCUCAAAGUUUUUCUUCCUCUUCAUCGCAGGACCCCGUCACGGGUCUAUCAUCCCUACAUAUUCCCAUUGUAAACGGAUCUACCAGCAAUGCAACAUCUGGUUUGCUGGGCUAUUUGAACAAUCGAACGCCGGAGGACAUGCAUAUAAUCAGGGAAACUGCGGAGGGUUUUGCGUCGUGCCUUGCUGCCGAUCACGCAGCAGUACUAAAUCCUGACGUAGAUUCUCCUUUUGUUGAUGCAGUAGACGUUGUCCAUCGGCUUCUUCCCUACCACGUCUUCCAACAACCUGAAGAAGACCUGAGGACCGUCACAGAAAGGAGACGUGCGAAAGGAAAGGAGAAGGCCCACGAUGCGAUCAGGGAUGAGAUUGAAGACACUAAAUUUGCCCUGGAAUGUUACCGUCGAUUGAGAAAGCUUGAGUCGCGAUUUCGACGCGCCAAAAUGAAGUCCGGCAUGCGGCCUUCUCCAGAUGAUCAAGGAUACGUGUUGGCUCAAGCUGUGGUGGAGUACGAACGGGCAGAAACAUCGUCUGUCAGUACAGAGUUACGCAACGCGCGGAACGAACUAGACGCGUCACAGCGUGAAAAACGCAUCGCAGCCAAUGUCACCGUCAGUUCUUUUCGUUCAACCUAUUAUCCUCAAACCUCGCAAACCCAGUACUAUCGCACGUAUCCAUACGCAUUUACUCAACCAUAUACCAAUACCUCUCAAGGCACUACAAAUUCGAGUUUUUACUCGACACCCACAUCGGCUCCUUCGGCCGCUCCCACUGCAACAUCGGCUUCUACUGCAAUUCCAGUGCAGCUUCCCGUUAGCUCGUUACCUGCGCUACACGCUCUUGGAAUAGUGCCGAUUCCCGCUGCUUCACUCCCGCCUCCAGAUCAGCCGCAACCGCCGGCUGUGCUCCGAGGGUCUACUUCCAAUGGGACAAUUUUGAGCCUAGAGAUAAAUGUGUCAUUACUACAGUCACCGCAAGUGAGCGGACUGGCAUAUUUAUUGAAUACUAUGAUGUCGAGGAGUGCAACUUCUGGGCAAGGAAACACUAGUUCGACGACAGGGGGGCAACCGUCGUCUGUAGCUACGUCCGACGCCGCGGCUUCAUCACAUACGAAUGGCUCGGUUGGAGAAUAACCAAGCAGGGAGAUGGGUCAGCAUAACAGGAGGUUGACAGUAGGACAAUCGUUGUUCCUCGCACCUAGCCAGACUUACGCCAAUUAUAGUAAUAGCUCAUUGUACGCCGUGUUGGCGAAGUUUCUGGCCUACAUAAUUCGACGUGAAGCAUUAUCAUUCCAGCUUGUAUUGAUCUGUGUGCGAAUGG